AUGAAAGGAGCGCGUGGUCCCGGAUUUGGUCUUGAAGAUGCCCAGCCUCUCGCGAAAGUCGAUGCUUUGUCUACUGCUGCUGCAGCUAUUUCUGCAUCACCUGUUGCUGCAGAGGCAUGUGGUGGGUCACCUCGUGCUGAUGAUGAUGGUCUUCAAGGGAAGCUCAUCUGUUCUGGGAAGUUGGACGGUGGGUCCGAUUUGAAAUAG